UGCAACAACUACUGUGAUGUCGCAAGACAAUCAAUCCAAUGAUGAAGAAGAAGGCGUAUGACUGUGUGAGAGGAACACCGAAGAAGAAAAUGAAACCACAGAAGAAGAGUCGAAGUACGUCUCGUGUACACGUAUUCACGCCAACGUCAUCAAUUGCGGAAGUCAACAUGGAAUGGACGAUGCAAGGCAGUGAAGUACCCAUGAAUUCAUCACUGAAAGACGAGUUGUACGUUGAUUUCCUGACAGAGGGGUUUGAUGUGAAGACAUACACUGCUCAGGCUAUUCACCAUGCUGUCAUCGCGGAGCAGCUGGCCAAGCUUGCACAAGGAAUCAGUCAACUUGAUAAAGAGCUGCACAGCCAGGUGGUUGCCAGACAUGAGGACCUAUUAGCCCAGGCAACUGGAAUAGAGUCUCUAGAAGGGGUUCUCCAGAUGAUGCAGACAAGGAUCAGUGCUCUACAGGCAACUGUUGACAGGAUAAGGACAAAAAUUGUGGACCCAUACAACAGGAUUGUGGCCAGGAUCACUCAGCUGGGCAGAUUACAGGUGGCCUGUGACCUUUUGCGGAGGAUUAUUCGUAUCUUGCACCUAAGCAAGAGGCUUCAGGUUCAGCUUCAGGGUGGCAGUCGGGAGAUAACGAAAGCUGCGCACAGCCUCAAUGAACUAGAUUAUUUGUCUCAAGGAGUCAAUUUGAAUGGCAUUGAGGUGAUAGAGAAUGACCUGCUACUGAUCAGUCGAGCAAGGCUGGAGGUGGAGAACCAGGCUAAACGAUUAUUGGAACAGGGAACAGAAAUUCAGAAUCCGACCCAGGUUGGUACAGCCUUGCAAGUCUUCUACAACCUUGGGAAUCUGAGAGAGUCCAUCAUCUCCGUUUUGGCAGCCUACCAGACCACCAUACAAGACAGCAUCAUCAGCGCUCUUGACAUCAAGAGCCUGACCCAGCCGGCCAACCCCAGAGGUGCCCCAGGAAGAGCAAUGCUCCCAACACCGGGCAGCACGGCAGCUUUCCGUGCUGCUCUUUGGACAAACUUGGAGAAACUCAUGGACCAGAUAUGUGCUGCGUGCAAACAAGUGCAGCAUCUUCAGAAGGUCCUGAUGAAGAAGAGAGACCCUGUCACUCAUAGGUGUUUCAUUGAUGAGAUUAUUAAGGACGGUGAGCCUGAUAUCCUGUAUACCUUUUGGACUGAUAUAACUAACAAUUUAAGAGAAGAGUUUCACAGAGCAACUGAAGCCUCAUCUUUCCUGAAGCAAGCGUUUGAAGGAGAAUAUCCGAAACUGUUGAGACUGUACAAUGAACUUUGGCGUCGCCUCCAGCAGUAUAGUGCCAGCCUGCAAGGUGCACUUAUAAACAGCGGAGGGACAGAUGCUACUCUGGAGCCCGAAACAGACAACCGAGACCUCUUCUCUCAAAGUAAACAGGACUACAACCCAGAGAGGGCUCUCAAGGAUUCUCUGCGCCCAUAUGAAGCAGCUUACCUUUCCAAGUCCCUGUCUCGCCUGUUUGAUCCCAUCAACCUGGUGUUCCCUGUGGGGGGACGCAACCCACCCUCCAAUGAUGAGUUGGAAAGCAUCAUCAAGACCAUCAGCAGGCAUCUGAAUGUAGCAUCCAUUGAUUCAGAUCUCUACCUUGCUGUUGCCAAGAAUGCUGCCAAGACCGUACAGCUGUUCUGUGUCAAGUCUGAACAGAUGUUGGGUACUCAGGGUGAUGCCAGUCAGGUGAUUGGUCCAUUAACUGAAGGCCAGAGGAGGAACAUCGGAGUGGUCAACUCACUCUACCGUCUGCAGCAGGCUGUUGCCAAGAUAAUUUCUAGUUUGGGGCCAAGCCUGACAGCUCCCGCAGAGGCUCUCUCUUUUUCUUUGGAGGAAGGGCAGGCCCUGAUGAGCAGCGCAGUCCAGCCUCUCCUGCAGUCAGUGAGUGACUCAAUAGAGGCCAUCAUAAUCACACUGCACCAGGAGGACUUCUCAGGCGGGCUGGACAACCCCAGUAAGCCCGAUGUUGUCUGCUCACUCUACAUGAAGGAGCUGCAGGGUUUUAUCUCCCGAGUGAUGACCGACUACUUCAGGCACUUCGAGUGCACAGACUUUAUCUAUGAAAGCACCGAAUCCAUUGCUCAGCGAGCCAUCGAGUUAUUCAUACGCCAUGCCAGUCUGCUGCGCCCGCUGGGGGAGGGUGGAAAGAUGCAAUUAGCGGCUGACUGUGCACAGAUGGAGCUGGCUGUAGCUCCGUUAUGCAGAAGAGUAUCCGAUUUGGGGAAACCUUACAGAAUGCUUCGCUCCUUUAGGCCGCUGCUGUUUCAGACCAGCAAUCUGAUCAUCAACAGUCCCGCUGUGGGUGAGCUGAUUCCCUACAGCACCAUCCUUCACUUCCUGUUCACCAGGGCCCCAUCUGAGCUCAAGUCCCCUUACCAGAGAGCAGAAUGGUCCAUCACGCGAUACUCCCAGUGGAUGGAUGCUCAUCCAUCAGAGAAAGACCGAAUCACGCUCAUUAGGGGCACACUGGAAGCAUACGUCCAGUCUGUAAGGGCUCGGCAGGGGAAGGAGUUUGCGCCCAUCUAUCCCAUAAUGCUCCAGCUGCUGCAGCGAGCCACUAACGAUUCUUUGGAAGUGAAGGCCUCAGGAUGACGACGUGUGCAUGAUUUUUACCUUACGUCAGUAAAGAAACAGUCUCUUGACCAGGGGUUUGUGGUACAGAUUGUGUGGGGUACAGAUUCCAAAUAACAGAUUACAUACAUAGGAUACAGUUGCAUGUAGAAUUAUUCAACCCGCAUUGUAAAUUCUAUUUAUUUGCACAGUUUGCAUUAAACCAACACAACAAUCUAAAUAGCUCAACACAUCUAAUAUUAGUCACUUUUAGUUUUUUACUUGACCAUCUGUUGAAACAUAACAUGUUGUACAUAAUUUACAAUGGGGGUUGAGUCAUUUGGAGUGUAUACGAUAAUUUGCCCAAAUGUGAAGGCCCAGUGUAACAGUUGUACAGUUAAGAGCAUUAUUCGCACUAUUUGGUGAUGUAUGUUUUCUGGAUGUAGUUGUCUGUAUGUUUUCAUUAAAUAAUACACAUGCCGUAUACGCUAAGUACAACUACGAAUAUUACAGUAUUGCAAACUCCCCUAUGUGGCAGUAAAUGGACGUGUGAUCUGCGUAUUAAAUUUCUUUAGCACUUCAUGUGUUAUAAUUUAUUUUUGUGGCAUUAAUGACAUACUUAACUGCUGACUUUAUUUUUGACAGGUGCUAUUUGAUAUUUUAAAUUAACUGUUAAUUAAAUAGCUAUACACAGGUGUUAUUUUUAAAUUAUUGACAAUACACAGGUGUUUUUUUAUUUAGUUAUAAAUUACUGUUAUACUGUGGCGUUUUUUUAAUUUUAUAAGUGACUAUACACAGGUCUUUUUUUUUUUUUUAAAGCUUUAGUAACAGUAAGCGUUUUUUUCCAUUAAUGACAGCACACAGGUUUUAUUUUCAUUAACGGGAAUAUUUUACACAGGUUUUUUUUUUUAUUUUUAAAAAUGUAUGGACAGUCAAGUAAUGAGCGUGAACUGAUGGAUACUGAUGAAAGGAUGACAGGCGAAAUGUCCAAGACAACCUGAACAAUCCAGUGGUGAUCAAUUCAGUGUCCUAAGAAAUAUGAUAGCGCUACAGGUGGGUGUUUUAAUUAGCAGCAGUACAGAACUAUGGAGAGGUGUUUUUUUUUGUUUUUAAUUAAAGACUACUAUACACA